UCCACUCGUCUCUCUCUCUCUCUGCUCCCGUCGAGCCUUUGGGCGCGAAAAUCCCCACCGGCUCCGCCUCGCCGCCGCCGCCGCCGCCGCCGCCAAUCCGGCCGGAAUGUCGAAGAAGAGGGGUCUUUCAUUGGAGGAGAAGAGGGAGCAGAUGCUACAAAUAUUUUACGACAGUCAAGACUUCUAUCUGCUUAAAGAGCUCGAGAAAUUGGGUCCUAAAAAGGGAGUGAUCAGUCAGUCAGUGAAGGAUGUUGUGCAAAGCCUGGUGGAUGAUGAUCUUGUCUUGAAAGAUAAAAUAGGGACCUCAGUGUAUUUUUGGAGUCUUCCCAGCUGUGCUGGAAAUCAGCUUAGGACUACUUACAGCAAACUGGAGUCUGAUCUUUCAAGCACCAAAAAGCGCUACAAGGAGCUUGUUGAGCAGAGAGAAAAUUUGAAAAGAGGCAGAGAGGACUCUGAUGAGAGAGAAUCUGCUUUGGAGGAGCUGAAGGCUGUAGAGGAACAUCACAAGAAGCUAAAGGAAGAACUGGCUGCUUAUGCUGAUAGUGAUCCAGCGGCACUAGAGGCAAUGAAUGAUGCUAUUGAGGUUGCUCAUGCGGCAGCUAACAGAUGGACAGACAACAUCUUCACUCUGCAACAAUGGUGUUCAACUACUUUCCCACAAGCGAAAGAACAACUGGACCACAUGUACAGGGAGGUGGGGAUAACUGAAGACUUUGAAUAUCUGCAGUAAGGCAUAACAGCCUAAUUGCUCUGUUACAGGACCAUAUUGCAUCCAUCCGACAAGACGUUAAUCAGGAAGGUUAUCAACUUGUUAUCUUUAAUCCCUUGCAUUAUUUGCAAUGCUUGAAGAAUGACACGUAGCUAAGGACAUGUCCAGUGUCUCUUCUUGAAUAUAUGCAGCAGAUGUUGGGAAAUAGAAACAGGCUUUCUCCUAAGAUGUGCUUUCACAUCAAUCAACUCA